AUCUCUGCAGUAGCUAUCUCUCUCUUUCCCUCUCUCUCUCUCUCUCUCUUGCUCAUUUCUCUCUCUGCCGGCUUUCAGUGCACUUUCUGCUUUCCUACCCUCGCUGCUGGCUCUGCUCCAGCAUCCCUCUGUGCCUCAUGCGUGCUCUCCUCCACCCGUCCUGCAGCUUAUGUUUCCCCCAGUGAGGUUUGCUGGCCAGGCUGCUUCUCUAGCUGUUGCUGCUGGAGCAGAGGGGGCUGCUUGAUACUGCACUGUUAAGGCGCCGCUGCCGCUGCUCUGCCUCACGUCUCAUCUCUGCCUGUUCCCUCACAGUGUGAUUUCUUGGAUUUUCAGCCUUCCCGAACAGCGGCAGAGGACAGAGAAGGAGGGAGGGGAACAGACAGAGUCUCCUCGUUCUACUGCUGCAUUGUCCCGCCUGUCUUUUUCUUUUACCGGGCUGCUGGAGAACAACUGGACAGAGGAGAGCUCUUCUCUUCAGUGCUUCCCAUCUCUGCUUAUUCCUGGGACAGGGUGCAGGGGAGGAGGGAAGAAGGAGGGACUGCAAACAGGAGUCCAGACUCCUUCUCUUAGCUGCACAGCUCAGUGUCCCACCUUGUUCUAGAGGCACAUAAGUCCAAAACAAAACCUGUUACUGGUUGACAAGAAGGCAGCUUGUCAAGGACAUACACUGUGGGCUUACAGAGGAACAGACGGGACCACAGACAGGCAGGCAGGCAGGUGGUGUCGGUGUCAUGGCGUCAGUGGACAGCACCGGUUUGAGUGUCUCUGGUCGGCUGCGAUCAGGGGAUCUGCUCCACGCUGGUCUUAUACUUGUGCUACUGCUUGGUGCUUGGAGAGUUGGUGGAUUGGAGGUUUCCACGGGUAAAGUUUCCUCAAUAGAAGCAAUGAAUGGCUCCACAGUUCUGUUGCCCUGCACUUACUCAUCUUGCAUUGGCAUCAAAAACCUCUACUUCAACUGGAAAUACAAUGACAAUGGGACUUUUUUAAAGCUGUGUGAAGCAGAGAUUCCCACGGAGAAAGUGGAGCCAAAGGUCCAUGUUUUCCACGAACGUGUUGAGUUUGUUGGCUCCUCAAAGACAAACAACAUCUCCAUCUUGUUGUGGAACAUAACUUUUGAGGAUGAAGGGGAAUACACCUGUUUUGCCAGAAACCCAAAGGAGAAGAACCGCAACCACAGUGCUAUCUUCACGCUUAUCGUGGUCGACCAAAUGAAGGAGGUCGACAACACAUUGACAGUCAUAAUUGUCUCAGUUCUGGGUGGAGUCAUUGGUUUAGUUAUCCUCAUCAUGGUGAUAAAGGCAGUGGUCCUUCAUGUUCUACACAAGGGUAAUGAGAAGACUAAAGAGUGCCUGGUGAGCUCCUCAGGGAACGACAAUACAGAAAAUGGACUUUCAGGAGCCAAAGCUGACAACAAAGCUACACCAAAGGCUUAAGUGUAAUGUAAUGAUUGUAUGUUUGUAAAUAUGUUAGAGGAUUAUACAUGCUGAAAGAAAAAAAAAAAGCUCUUAUCAACGGACUGUUUUAUCCUACUAGAAUCUAAAUAAUGCAACUUCUGAAUAUCUAUUUUAAAUUAUGCUUGAGAUCUGGGAAGUGUAGACUGUGCAAGAGGCUGGAUCACUCUGUAUCUAUUGUGAAAGCCCAGCAGGCGCACAGUGUGCUGCCUGUUCUACGACUCUCAUCUGUAUGUUACUGAACCCAAAGCUUCAGAGGUUUUAGUUACGUCUGUCUGUAAUUGUAGAACUGCCCAUUCAAUUAUCGUCAUUUAUAUUACCACAUUAUAGCCACAGACAUGGAUUAAACUGUUCAGUUUGAAUUUACACCAUUUAAUUUAAAUUCAUACUUGAAUCCAGACAAAACUAACCAACAGAUUAAACACUGCUGGUGUUUAAUCUACAAGUCAUAAAUAAAAGUAAACAUUUCUCAAUCAUCAGCAAACAUAAUAAAUGAAACGAUACAUGUACAUUACUGCCAUAGGUGUUGUUAGCAUUAACAACUUGAUAUUUUGCUACUGACUGAGAGUUUGAAACCAUAACUUACUGUGCCAGUGAGUAAUGAGGCAACUGCACAUUUCUCCUCGGUUUUUCAGGUUUACAACCAGGGGCGGGCGAGAUCCACAUUGAUUUGCUUCACUAAUGCCAGUGGAAGAUUGACAGUACAGUACAUCUGGCUAAUCACUGUGGACAGCUUUUCUUGUGGGACAGAAUGAUCCAGUUGAGCACAGGUUUGAAGGUUUUGGUUCGGAUAAACACUGGUGCCUGUUCUGCUUUUGCUCCCUCUGCUGAUGGGAGGAUAAAACUCAUCAACAUCCUAAAACUCCCCAAACCCUCCAAGACAAUCCUGAGAGUACCAUGCUCCCCAUAGAGACGAAUGACUUUAAUCCUGCUGCUUCUAAUACUCAAUGCAAUUUUAGCAUGUGCGCAUUUUGUACAUUCUCACAUGAGCGUAUGCUGCACCAUUACACACCAACAAUAGUUUGUGUCUCAUUUAGCAUUUCCAAAGCCGGCUUAAUUGCUGAAAUAAACACUUUACACCAAUUUAGGGUUAUUUAAAUUGCGACCCACCUCCACCCCAUUUCUGUAAAACAUCAGCCUAUUGGAGGAGUGUAAGAUGUUGUUAUUUUGGUUAGUUGAUCUACAUGAAACUAGUCUGGAUUCCAGCUUUAACCCUCAAAGAAAACCUAAGCAAAACAUCUUUAAAAUACAUUGCACAGCACAAAUUAUUAUUGAAAUUCCAGCAAAAAAGAAAGUCACUGAAAAACAAUCUAAAAACUAUCGAGUCAUACAGUUAAAACAUAGAUACUGUUCCCGUUUCCUAGAGAAGCUAUAUAAAUUUUUUUAUGUUCUGAAAGGAAUUUAUAAUCAUACCACAAGGCCUGUGGGUGGUUAACUAAGAAAACAUAACAUUAUAUUUAGAGUUAACACAUUAACACAGGGAAGAUAGUAUCUGGUGUCCAUGAGAGUUUGUGGUACCUCGUGUGCACCAGAUAGGGGAGCCCCAGCAGAAGCUUCUUAAAGAGACAGAAGCCAAUUUUGAGGUGUCAGAUUGUAAAGUCAAAUUUCUUAUAAGACAUGUUUGAUAUAUACAACAUUUUUAUAACAACUGAAGGUAACACGUUUACUUGAUUGUGCUAUAAAAUGUUACUAUAUGCCUGGAGAGUACAUAAUAAAACAUAAUAAUAACAGAAUAGAGGAAAUCUGGGCUGCAACUGUCACCUUAAAUACUAAAUUAUUUUUGUACAGUUUCACUGAUUGGAGUAAAUGUAAAUAAGCAUAAGCACAGGCGAGUGAGUUGGAGAAGAAAGCAAUUACACUUUUCAGUUUUGCAAGUUUUGCUUUAGUUUUUUAUUAUCCAGCUUGAAAAUUGUAUUAUUUUUAUAAAUAAUUUUGGUAGAGUGACAUGUAAUGUAUAAAUAUAGUACGAACGCAAUAACCAAAGUACAUGAUGCACUUUCUGUAUAUUAUUUAAAACAGCAGAGGUGGCUCCACUGUAGGCUACAUCAAAACUUGGCAUAUGUUUGACAAAAGUCUUUUAGUAGAAUGGCUGUCCUCUCUUUGGUCUAAGCUAGUUUACUGGGUGUGAGAUUUUAGUAAUUCAAUGUUUACAGUAUUUACACAAAAAUUUGAAACACGGUCUAAUCACCUUUAUUAAUAACAGAAAUCAACAAGCGCAGUGUAUCCUCUUCUAAAAGAUGAUACAGCAUAUUGGUUAUUAAGGUUUAUUUUCUUUACAAUUUGAUUUUGAUAGACACAAAUAAGCAAAAGUAUCGAAUAACUAUUUUUCAUAUUUUAUACCAGUUCCACAUUAGUUAUUCAGCUAGUUAUGUUAUAUCUUAGUUUGGCUUUCUGCUUUGGUAGCGACCCCGGAGUACGCUGCCCGGGACUUGCAAAGUGAGUGAUAGGCGUCACUACUUUUGUUCCUGGAAACAGAAGUUAUACAGUUAGCCAUAUUUUUCUUUCAUGUAGGCCACAGAAAAAUGUAGAAACUUUAUUUUAGCCAGCUGACUGUCAGUGCACAGCAACAGAAGGGAGAAUGGCAGCGCUGUGAUGCUUUAUGCACCAUAAAGCCAUUUUAAGGACCCCAAACCAUAAGAACAGUGUGAUGGAUAAUUUUAGCGAUUAUGAAACUGUCACUUCUUAAAAAACUGGAUAUAGUUUGAUAUUCAUAAACAGCCCAUGCUUAAUAUACAGCGUCUAGCAUAGUCCACAUGUCAGAGUAGUCAGUAAGUUUCAUUGGUCAGGUACUUUAAAGUUUGGUCACUGAACAUCACAAGAAGUUUCCUUUUAGGUUGUAAUUAUUAUGUAAUUAGUAUCCAGUAAAAUUGUACAAUCUUAGCAACUUUUGAUGCUAAGUAGUUUGAAAAGUAAAGAACACAGAAAUGCAAAAAUGCAUGUUGGAGCAUGUCUUCGUAAAGUAACAUUGACAAAUUCCUAUGAAACUGUACAGUCAAUGAAAUCUCCAUUUCCCCCAUUUCAAGGUAACAUAGCAAAACAUUGUGUUAAAAGCACUUAGGAAACCAGAGAAUCUAUUUAUUAUUUUUUUUUUUAGAUUUACAGCAUGAGGUCACGUCUGUGCAGCAGGCAGACUUGACCCGCUGAACACACAUUCAAAACCUCAGUAAGUGAAAGUCACACGCAUACAGAAAUCCAUCCACACAGAGACUUACAUGCUCCUAGCCACUUUAAUACCACGAGAUAGUAGACCGGCCUUUCAAAGAAAAAAAAAAAAAAAUCACGCACUUUACUAAAGCAAAAUGCAAUUUUGUACAAAGUUAUAAAUGGUGUUUCUGAUUUUUUUUUUUCCACACAUUGUAUUAUUUAAUUUGAUCAUUUUGAAUUCUUCAUUUGUACCAGUUCCUUGCUCUCUUUUAUGAGAGUGCCGCUCUUGCUUUCAAUGGAAGCAAUAAGGCAGACAUCAGAUGAUGCAAUAACCUGUUGCAAGGCACUUUAUAGAUGUGUCUGGACAGCCAGGCAGCUCUGUCUGUCCUCGGCAUAUCUCAUUGUACCAAUGUGUAUAUCGAUACCACACAAAUGCAUUUUGAUCUAAUGUUCUGGCAUUAGCAUCAAAUAGCUUGAUUGAUUUGUGCUAGAUAAAGGAAACUGCAUUCCAUUUACACUUAGCAUUAAAUUCACUGUGCAGAUUUAACAUCUGCAAUUAGCCUCAAAGCCAUAAAAAGUUAUAAAAAUCUCCUUAUUGUUUCUUUAAUGUGGAAUUGGCAUGAAUUAAGAUCUAAUUGAACUGUGCUUCAUGUACAGCUGCCAAGUAAAUAACUUCAAAAGAACUGACGAAAAUCCAACUGCAUAUGCUUACAUACUUUGACGCCACACAAAGCAGCCGAUCUCCUGCUCUUGAUAUUAUAAACGGAUCGCAAUUAUCUGUUUCACUUAUCAGAAGCCCAUGUUGCUGAUGCAGUUAGCAUUAUUAAUAUCCAACUCAGUCUUGUAGUACGCCAUUGACAAGAUCCUAUUUGGCAAUGUGCAAUGCUGUAUAUUAAGAGGACGUUUUGUUGUGAAUGUCUUGAGGAGACAGAUGUGUUCACUUGAAUGCCAUCUGGAUAAAUGUGUCUCUUACUUUCCUAAAUUAGUUCAGGCAAUCAGAUUUCAUUCAGCAACUGCAUGCGACACAAAUGCUUUCAAACUCAUGAGACGCGACAGGGUUAAACAAAAAUGGAUUAGGUUAUCCUCCACUUGGCAGUUUUAAGUGCAAACUGUCUAUAGGUUGGAAUUAUUUUGCUUGGUGUAAAUGGAAAGGAGAAUGAUUUAUAUUCCUAGAGCAGUGAUUAGUUGGAUGUAACCAAAUACUGUGCAGAAAUUGUGCGGUGUUGUAUGUAACAGUGUCCUUAAUAUGCUCUAAAAUGUGAAUGUUAUGGAUGUAGGGAUGCUCUACUGACACACAUACUAAGAUCCAGGCACAAUUGUAAAACCCUUCCUUUACAGAUCCCUCAACAAAAAAAAAGGUGCAUAUCUACAUUCACUGUCUUCCUGCAGGCGAAAGCAAUACUGGGGAGUCGAUGUGUUUGUUAGUGUUAGUUUACCCGAUAUGUCUUACCCUCUCAUUAGCAUUAUGGAUACAGUACUUGUUUUCACAAAAAAAAAAAAAAAAUACUGUUCUAUUUUUUUGAUUUUAUUUAGGGUUUCUGCAAGUUAAGGAUUCUUGCUUGUGCAAAAUUUUGUUCUUGCA